UAUGGACACGGAGGAAUGAAACAUGGUGGAGGAGGCGAACAUGGAGGACCGAGGACCGUGAGAGCUUGCACUGCUGUUUUUCUGCGGGGUUCAAAGAAGAGGAAGAAGGAACCUGGAUGUACCUCCAGCUGGGCCGUUUUAAAGCUGACAACCUCGGUGGAAAGUUUACGGUUUUUUUAACGUCAACUUUCUUUGCGCCGACAAGUGCGUCGAGGUUAGAGUUUGUUGUAAUGCAGUAGAAGAGCGACUUUUUUUGGGGGGGACAAAACGCCAGGGCAGGGGGGGCUUCAGCCCCUCUCACCAUCCCCGACGCUAUGCCGUGGGUCAGCGGCGGAAAGCGGAGAGAGAGCUCGGAGCUGCCGCUGCCCGCGGGCUGGGAGGAAGCCCGAGAUUACGAUGGCAGAGUGUUUUUUAUCGACCACAACACCCGGCAAACUUCAUGGAUUGACCCCAGAGAUAGGAUAACCAAACCACUGACGUUUGCCGACUGUGUUGGAGAUGAACUUCCUCUCGGUUGGGAGGAAGUUUACGACCAGCAAGUGGGAGUUUACUACAUCGACCACAUCAACAAGACCACCCAGAUCGAGAACCCGCGGACUCAAUGGCGACAGGAGCAGGAACGCAUGCUGAAGGAGUACCUUGUUGUGGCCCAGGAGGCCCUCAAAGCCAAGAAGGAGAUGUACCUAAUCAAGCAGCAGCGACUGGAGCUGGCUCAGCAGGAAAUGUUGCUCUUCCACGAGCUCUCUGAGGACAACCGCUCCAUCACCAGCACUCUCUCCGGCUCGUCUUCAAACGCGAAAUACGACCCCGACCAAAUUAAAGUGGAAAUAGCUUGUAGAAGAGAACGGCUCUCCAGACUGAAGCAGGAGCUGGCCCAGGUGAAGCAGGAGCUGCAGUACAAGGAAAUGGGAGUGGAGACCCUGCAGGAGAUUGACAGGAAGAUGUCCUGCAGUCAGACUAACUACAAGCUGGACGAGGCGCAGGCCAUCUUCACCGAGCUGCGGAGCAUCAAGAAGGCAAUCAGCACAGGCGAGAAGGAGAGGCAGGACCUCAUCCAGAGUCUGGUGAAGCUGACGGUGAACUUCAAGAGCAGUUUGUCCAUUGGUGACUCGUCCAGUGAGGCUGUGAACAGCUCUGGGCCCGCGGGUGACUCGUGCAGUCUGCAGCAGUACUGUGACACCGGCUGUCAGACUGACAUCAUGGGAGAGUAUGGAUCCCAGGAUUCCUCCCAUUUAGUGGACAAGGUGAAAGUCAACUGGCAGUACGAGGAAGCCAAGAAAAAGGUGCAGAGUAUCCAGCACCAGCUCGCACAGCUGGACAGUGAGAGCUGGUCUGGGCGGGCCGAAGCGGACAGAGACAGAGACUUCAUGCAGCUCCUGCGUGAGAAGGAGGCCCUCCUGCAGGAGAUCAUCCUGGUCAGCAAACAGCAGCAUUCUCCAGAGACGCUGCUGCAGCUGGAGGAGGAGCGCUGCAGGCUGGAGGAGGAGGUGCAGAGAGCCCACAUCUCCCAGAGCCAGGGAGCCAAUCAGAGAAUCCUGCAGCAGGAGAAGAGGAAUGUCUUGCUGAGGCAGCUGGAGGAGGCUACACGCAUCACCACCUACCUUCACACCCAGCUGAAGAGCCUGUCGGCAAGCUCUCUGACGGUGUCCUCCAGCAGCAGUCGCGGCUCUCUGGCCUCCAGCCGAGGCUCUCUGGCGUCUAGCCGAGGCUCCCUCAGCUCCAUCAGCUUCAGCGACAUCUACGGCGUCCCCCAGUACGAGCGCCACGACGGGUCUGGGGAGCUGCUCGACCCCCAUCUACGCUACCUGCUGCCUCCUGAGGCCGUGUCGAGAGACUGCUCCAUGUUCACUCCUGACCACCUGAUCCAGAGUAAACCCAAACGCUCUCAUGACACCCCGCAAUCCCUCGCCUCGCUCUCCUCCCGCUCCUCGCUUUCUUCUCUUUCGCCGCCGAGCUCUCCGAUGGACACGCCCUACCACUCGGCCCCUCAGGAUUGCCCUCUCACCCAGAUGACAGAGGAGUACAUGGAGCAGGCGGGUCGCGGGCUGUUAGAGGGUCUGCGCGCUCAGUCCCAGCCGCUGUCACACAGCGCCAUGUUGAGCAGUGAGGACGCUGUGGGUCACAGAGACAGCACUGCUCAGGGGGCUUUCACCUCCACAGGAGUGACUCUGAGGGGAAACAGUGCCAACAGAAGCGGCAGGAGAGCCAGGAGGGUCUCUGCAGGCGUUUCCGAGGACGCUCUGGCCACUGACAGCGGCGUAUUCGAGGCCUGGGGCAGAAGGGCCGAGGAGUCUGAUGAGAUGUCGUACAUGAAAGAGCUGACGUCUGUUAGCGAGCCCACCCAGAUCCAACUGGGACUGCUGUGGGAGUCCAGUUCUCAGUCUCUCCGUCUGCAUCUGCUGCAGCUCAAGAGUCUGAACAGGUCCAUCGUGAGAGACGGUUAUAAAGUGUAUGUGAAGGUGCACUUGAUUCCGCUGGAUGCCGGCAGGGCCUGUGCGUUUUACUGUUGUACGGCUCUGGAGCCACAGUCUCAUAUGAGCUUCAACGAAGGCUUCUGCAUUCCUGUCCCUCCAAACGCCCUGGCGGUGUGUGCACUGCAGCUGUCCGUCUGUUCGCUGGGACCUCAGGCUCAGGAGGAAGUGCUGGGUACGGCCCAACUGAGCCUGGCUGAGUGUGAGGGGAGUGUAGAAAUGGUUUAUCACUGGCUGAGGGUUCAGGUGCUGAGCGGAACCGAGCUACCCCGACCUGAACAGAAGAGCUUCAGUCACCGCAGACAGCAAGACAGCCAAGAGGACGAGCAACGGCCCAGAGCUACAGACACUGUAUGCAUGCUGCUGUCACGCACCACCAACACAUCCACCCACCUGGAGGAGCGAGAGGCCGAGGUGGAGAAGAGAGAUGAGCCUGUGGAGGUGGCGUCUGAGAGGAGUUGGCAGGCGGAGUCAGUGGACAGCGGUUGCAGUAACAGCACAGCGUUCACAGCUGCAUGCUCAGAGGGCCUGUGUGCAGAGGGCAUCUGCAACACCACCGGGGGGCGCUGUGAUCAGACAACAAGCAAAAUGUGUACAGUUAAGGUGGAGAAGGCCACCAUGACCGAGGGUCUGUUCCCAGAACCGGUGCGGGUCCGCGCCAAAGAGAGGGGGGGUCGCUGGGGUCACGCCUCGCCCUUCAUGCGAGGUAGCACCAUCGUUCGCUCUCAGACUUUCUCACCUGGAGCUCGCAGUCAGUAUGUCUGCAGGUUGUACCGCAGUGACAGUGACAGCUCAACUCUACCAAAGAAAACUCCCUUUGUCAGGAACACGUUGGAAAGAAGAACGCUGCGGUAUAAACAGCAGCAGUCUUACCGCUCCUCCCUGGCCGAGCAGCCGACACGUACGUCGCUGGACCUGGAGCUGGAUCUCCAGGCCUGCAGGACGCGUCAGAGGCAGCUGAUGGAGGAGCUGAGCGCCCUGCGGGAGCUGAAGCUGCGACUGGAGGAGCCGCAGGUCAGAGAGGACACAGAGCUCCCCCACUGGGCCCUCAGGGACGAGCGCUUCCGCUGCCUGCUCAGAGAGGCCCAGAGACAGGCCGGUCAAAGCAAGCAGGAGCAGCGUCAGGAGGAGGCGGCAGAGAGGAGGCUGAGGAAGGCCUCCAAAGAAGUUCUGAAGAUGAGGGGGCAGAGCCAGAAGGAGCCGCUGCCGGUGCAGACAUUCAGAGAGAAGAUGGCUUUUUUCACAAGACCAAGGUUCAACAUACCUCCUCUGCCGGCUGACGACGUAUGAGAAGCAUCCCUCUGUGUUUGUGACUAAACAUGAAGUAUUUGUGGAAUAUUCUGAGCUCAUGAAGUACAAAGUUCUUUCUACCAGCGGACGCAGGCGGAGCGACACUCAGAUCAUGUUGAAGAUAAAGAAGGUUUCACAUUUUUAGAAGAAGUUUGUGAGGCUUUUAUGAACUCAAUCACACACCAUGAACAGUUAACGACAGCAGCACAGCUUCGUUCCCCCCCCCUGUUCCCCCUCCCCCACGAGGACGACGUCUCUCACCAGGAAACCACAUCUCUGUCCUCCUGUCUGUUCUGUUGUCUGUGCUUACAAAAAGCUGGAAGAUGAUGGGAACAAAGGUCGGACAGAUUCACUGUACUGUAACUUAUUUUAUAGUACUUUUUCCUUGAAGGAAAUUAAGAGAAACGCUUCCUGCUUUUUAAGUGUAUUUUGUAGCUUUGAACAAAUAGCACUUCAAUGUUUUUACAUACGGUCAAAUGGAACUGAUUUGUUUUCUGUUACCUAAUUCUUAAGAGUUAUUUACAUCAAAUGUCACUUUGUAAUCCACUUUUAUUACAGAUGUUGUCUUUUUGUUAUGUUAUUAAAAUUAAUAUUAUUUCAUGUACUUUUCAAUAUAAGGAUGAAUAUAUGAACACUGUAUUCAGAUUGUUUUUUAUGAUGUCUGUAUGAACAUCUGCAGUGUUACCUCUCGUGAAGAUAAAACCAUUAAACCAUGCCUCGCCGUUUUAA